AUGUAUGAAGAACCUUUACACAUACCUACUGAUCUUGCUUUUGUUGGGGAAGAUCCAUUUUGUAUAGGAUAUCAAAUCUUGGGUUCAUGUGAUGGAUUGUUCUGUACUGCUUGUGAUUUUGAGGAUUUGUUUCUAUGGAAUCCAUCUACAACAGAGUUGAAAAACUUGCCCCCUUUAGGAAUUAAUCUGCAUCUUAAAGAAGAGGGUAAUGAUUUUUCUUAUGGAUUUGGUUAUAUUGAGUGUCAAAGUGAUUACAGAGUUGUAGAAAUUGUGGAAAACAAAUGCAAUAAUUGUUAUAAGAAUGAUGUUAGUGUUUAUAGUUUGAGAACUAAUUCUUGGAAAAUGAUUCAAGAAUGCCCAAAUGUCAACUUUUUGGAUCAAGCUGAUAAAUUUGUAAAUGGAAAACUUCAUUGGGUGGUCGCCGAUCCGGAUCGUUAUCGUGUUAGUGGUAGGAAUUCCACAUGCAAGAUCAAGACGGAUGUGUGGGUAACGAAGGAGUAUGAGUCAUGGACCAAGGUGGCUUCGAUCCCCUUGAAAAUCUAUGACGCUUGGCCAAUUUUCAUCUCCCAGAAUGACGAAAUUUUAGUGCAUGAUGGUUCAAGUUUAGUGUGGUACAAUACAAGAGAUAACACCUUUGUGCGUCCAGUGAAUCAGAUUCAUUGUAUUUCUGCAAACAACUUUAGUGGUUGCUAUGGAGCUGUGACACAUGUUUUUGAAAACCAGUCAUCACCGGGAGCUGGCUGCUUUUUGAAUCUCAUAGUUGGGAUUCCAGAUGUAGAUAACGUAAUGCAACUUCUCGAAUUUGUUGACUCUAGCUUUUAUGUAAGGCAUCCAGUGGACAGUGAUGGAAAGACAAAUGAUUUGAUCAAAUGA